AUGGAUGAGGCUCCGACGAAAUGGAACGUCACCUUCACGAAGCACCUCAAGCAGAAUCGCAAGCUCUACCGCGACGGCUUCCUCUCUCUCCACUCCUCCUCCGCCAAGGUAAUGCUGUAUGACGACGGCGACCAGCUGUUGGAAUGCAAGAUCUUGAAGAAUGACGAAGUUGUUUGCUCCGGUGAGACGCUGACGUUCAAUGCUUAUUUGGUUGAUGUUGGAGAGCCUGAAGGAGGGCAAAAGCCUCUUGAUGAUACUUAUGCUCGCAGCCGAGAAAAUAAAGUUCCUAAGCGAACAAAUCUACUUCACAGAAACAAGUUCUUCAACGUAUCUGAUUGUGCUGGAGAUGAGAAGACCAUAGUGGAGAAGCAUAAACAGCAGACGAUCAGCCUAAGCCCAUCGCAGAAGAUUAUUAGAGAAUUCAAGAAGAAUGAAAUGAACAAGUACGGCAUAUUGCAGGUGAGUCCGAACUCAAGGACAUCAAGUACGACAGAUUGGCAUGUCUUGUAUACAACAUAAUUAACUCAAAAGUCGAAGAAAUAUCAUGAUGGCUUCUUGCAUUGUACAAGCAGUGGAUCUAUCACUCGGCAGGUUUUCUUGUAUGAUAUGAGCUGGAAACUUUUAGAUAGUAGGUUCCUGAACAAAGCUGAAGAAGUAAGCCCUGGGGAGAUGAUGGAAUUUCCUGGUCAUUUCGUUGAAGUUGGCAAUCGAGAAGCAAACCAUGAAUCUUUGAGGGAACUAAAUCUAAAUGCAAGUGGAAACAGCUUCAGUUCUCUUCACAAAUUAUAUAUGCAAAAGCAGCAGCGUAAUGUUACUACCGUUAAAUCUGCCGUAAAAG